CCCUCGCAAGUAUAUAGCAAAAGCGCUGCGAUCCGGUCGGAGGGAACCGCGCGCGGAUACCAUCCGAGCUUCCCUCUCGUUCCGUCCAAGUUGUACGUUCAGAGGCAGGGGCGGAGCAGGAGGGCAAUUGGAAAGGGGGUGAUUAAUGGGGAAGGGCGACUUCCUCAAUCGUUUGGUUUCGUGGACCGUCGUCCUUUUGGCCAUUUCCGCAUCUGGUGUCUGUAUCGAAGACAAAUGUGGAGCUUGCAAUGCCGUGGCGGCCGAACUACAGAUUGGUCUUUCCAAUGAAAAACCAAAAAACCAUUUAGAUAUGCGGCAUCGUCUGGAUUCAAAGGGACAACGAGAAGGAAAAUUGAUUGAUUAUAGAGUGAGCGAGCUCAGGAUUGUUGAACUCUUGGAUGGCCUCUGUGAAAAGGUGCAGGACUACACUUUUGAAAAGACUGAUUCAGGCAAGCGUGCAUGGAUGAAAGUUGAUGAUUGGGAUAAUUAUACCCUCAACAUUGAUAAACAAGAAGCUCGUGCUUAUUCAAAGGAUAUAUCCUCCUAUUGUGGAAGGUUGUUGGAAGAAACAGAAGAUGAAUUGGCUGAAAUGAUUAGACGAGGAUCUGUGGGACCAUCGAACGUGGGAAGAAUUUUGUGUGAAGAUUUAAGCAAGCACUGCGGCAAGUCAAGCAAGUCCAAGUCAUUUGAUGGAAGGUUCGGUGGAGAAGAGCUCUAGUGUCAUUGACAGCAGCCAUUCAUUUUUUCCCCACCAGACUCGAGAAUCUCUCUUGCUUUAAGAUGGCAGAAAACAUCACACAGUAUAAACAUCGCACAGUUCAUCGUGGUGCAUGGCGAAGCCUUCAGAAUAGCAUUAUCGAUUAUUUUGCCCGAGUCAAACUUCCAACAAUUGAGGAAUCCGUAGUCCUUGAUCCUCGACAUUUUCAUGUGGCAUUUUAUGAGUUGCCUGUUGGAUAAAAGAUUUUGUGUUAUGGUUUCUAAUGCAAUUACAUACUAUCA